AUGGGUGGCUGUGGGGAGGAUGGGGUGGUCUGGCGUAUGUUUCCAUGGCGGGAUUGUGGAGAGUCAAAGUUCUGUGUUAAGGUCAUCACCAGAGAAGAUGGUGAAGAAAAAAUAAUCCGUGAGUGUGAAUCAGAGCUGAUGAAAUCAACAUACCACCGCCUUAGAAUGCCAGUCCUUCGUCGCCAUGGCUACUGUGAGCCGUCACGCAAAAAUGAUUUCUGGAAUCCUUCUGAAACGACAGAUGACAAAAUCUCGUACUGUUUCUGUAAUGACUGGAAUGGAUGUAACUCUGCCGCGGAAGUAUUUAGCAGGCUGAAACCAGUUAUGUCCCUUUGUCUGUUUCUGAUUUACAUUGUGAAGAAAGUGUUAAUGUCAUAG